UUAUUUCUCAUAAAAAAUACAUAAAUGUCAGAAUUUGAAUUUUUCAAACAUUGGUUGUUUUCGUAGUUAAUUUUUGAAAUGGAUGAUCCUGGAAUUAGCCUUUUUCAAGGAAAAGGUCUUGAUAUUGUAGAUAAUAAUGAGAAUCAAGAGGAAGCAGAAGAUUUAGAGGAGCAAAUUAGAAGACGCGAAGAGCUACAAAAUUUGUUAAUUAAUGCCCUAGAUGAAUAUAAGUAUGAUGAUAGUACCAUAAAUUCUUCUACCAAUAUUUCGGUAGCUUCCGCUGAGUAUAUAGACCAGGCAUAUAAAGAUGUUCAAACGCCUUAUGAACAACUCAAACUGCUAUAUGAUAUAAGAAUGAAGGAAAUUCAAACUUUAAAGGAGGAAUUUGAUGGAUAUAAGGAGAGUACUAUGAAAGAAAUUGAUAGCCUGAAGCGUAGAUUAACUUUACAAGAAGCAGAAACAUCUCAAGUUGAAAUAUCAUUAAGGAAUACUAAGUCUUUAUUGGUUGAGAAAGUGGAUAUUAUUGCUGAGCAAGAAAAGACUAUAUCUACUAAAGAUGAUCAAAUUAAUUCUUUACAAAAAAUUGUGGAACAGUUGGAAUAUGAUGUAGAAGCUUACAAAUCAACUGUGGAAGAAUUGCAACUCAAAUUCAAAAUGGAAACUGGUCCUUUUAAUGUAGCUGCCAGGGUAUUCAAUGUAGAAGAAUUGCAAAACAACCACAAAGAGCAAAUUGCAAAAUUAGACAGUGUGCUUGAAGAACAGAGAAAAAAGAUUGAAAUUUUAGAAAAAGAUCGAAUAAUUAUGGAAAAUGAUCUCAAAAGGGCAAUUGAAAAUAGCAAUGAGAAUGAAUUUCUCCAGAAUAAUACAAUAAAAUUAUUGAAUAACAAUAUAGAAAGUGCCCAAAACCAGUGUAAAGAUUUGUUGAGUUUAGUAGAGAUGUUAACAAAGGAAAAUGAGCAUUACAGAAAUAGAAUACAUAAACUUGAAUCCGAAGAACCUAUUUUACUCUCAAAUUCUUUCAAAAGAAAAUCUUUAGAUUAUGAGACACUAGUUGUUCACAAUGAAAGAUUAAAGAAAAUGCUUCUAGAUAAAGAUGUUGAAGUAACCACUCUAAGAUCAAAAACAAAGUUUUAUGAAAAUGAUAUAAAGGAAUUGUUGGAAUAUAGAAAUAUUAAGAACUCGACGUUACCAAAAAUACAAUGUAGUAGACCAGAACAUAGUCAAAUUAUAGAGAUUGCAGAAAUUGAAAUGAAAAAAAUGCAAGAUGCUCUAAUUGAGAAGCAACAAGAUGUAGAACAACUAACCUCGAUAAAUACCGAGUUAGAAGAUAAAAUAGAAAAUAUGAUAAAACAAACAAGAACCGAUUUAGAAAAUCUUUCCAAUAAGUAUAAAUUACCGGAACUUGAGACAAUGAAUGAGGAACUGGUAAAUGCUCAGGAAAAAAUUGAGUUGUUACAAAAAAAAUUGUCUGCCACCGAAGCAGAACUGGAACAUGUGAAAUCAAAAAUAUGCGACAAUGAUUCAAAUGAUUUGAAGCAAAAACUGGAAGAAAGUGAAAAAAAGUUACUAGCUUUAGAAAAAACCAUGAAAGAUCCAAAUGAUAACGAUAAGAAAGGAACAGUUUUAUUAAACGAGAACAAUAUGUUGAAAAAAGAAAGACAAGAACUAUUGGAAGCAAUUAAAGAUUUGGAACAUUUCAGAUCAAAUUAUGAUUCAUUGAAUAAAGAAUACAUUCAACUCACAGAGCAACUAAAAGAACUUAACGAUAACGAAAAUAAAGAAACGAAAGAAUUAUCUAUUCUACGUUCAGAUUUGGAAAACUUCUUGAAUAUUUACAACAAACAAACAUUAGAUAAAAAAUUCAUCGAAGUAAAAAUCACAAGUUGGAUAAAUCAAGUGAAUUUAAACUGCAUGUUGAUGAGAAAAUUCAAAGAAUCUGAAUCGUGUUGGAAAAAAGAAGCUGAAGAAUCGAAUAUCAACUUGAGAGAAUCAGAAAAGGAAGUGGGAAAACUCACAGAACUGAUUGAGGAACUCAACAACUCGAAAACAUUAAUGGAAGGUGAGAAAAAAAGUAUAGAAAUCGAGCUGAAGAACACGAAAAAUGAAUUUUUGAAAAAAAUCAAGGAGUACGAUAUUUUGUUGAACGAACUCAAUGACAAGAACAAGGAGCUGUGUAAUUUGAGAAACGAAUUGGAAGUAUUGAAAAAUGAAGAUAAAAAUGCGACAAUUCAAACUUUGGAAGAUGCUUCCCAACAUUUGGAGGAGGCAAAAUCCGAACUGUUGAAAUACCAAAACGCCUUAUCCGAAAAAGGCGAAUUAUUGACAAAAUACGAAUCUAAUAUCAAGCAAUUGGAACUUGAACUGAAGUCUGCAAAAAAAGAUCUGGAAUUGUCGGAAAACGAAGUUGAAAAGUUGCAGAAGACUGUGAAGGACUUAUUAGACAAUAAUCUUGGUGUGAAGACUAUGGAAGAUGGAGAUAAACGUUCCUUAGAAGAUGAGUCUCUGUUUAAAGUGAGACUUUUGAAAGCCGAAGUCACAAUUCAAGAGCAACUGCGAAAGGAAUACGAACGGAAAGUGGCAAAAAUCGAAGAUACAUAUAAAAAUAUAUUCGAAUCUAAUCAACAAAAACUGAAUCAAUUCAAGGAGCAGGAAAAGACGCAUCGUGAGCAAUUAUCGGAACUUCUGAAUAAGUACGCUCAGAUAAUGUCUCCGGUACAAAAAGAAAACAAUGAUUUGAAAGAGCGUUUGAGCCAAGUCGAGGUAGACUAUGCUGAAUUGAAGAAAUUCGUACAAAUAUCGAAGAACGAAUACAACUUUAUGAUUCAACAAAUGCAAAAAGAGACUGAGAAAGAAGUCGAUGCUUGGAAAACAUGGGCUAAGAGUUUUGUUCAGGCUUGUCUUAAUUUGGAGAAAAUCAAUGCCCAAUCUAGGCAUACAGUUCUGAAUUCGCUGAAAGAAUGUGAUCAACAGGUGCAAUCGAUAGAUAAGUAUUUUGACGAAAAGAUUAGACAGUUCAAGAAAAAAUACCUGGCCAAAACAAAAUAAGAAUUGAAUACUUUUUUGAAUCUCUGUGAUGUAUAUAUUUCAUUGUUUGAACAUUUCAAAAGCACUGUUGAGGUGUGCAUUGAUAGUUAUUUAUUUUAUUAAUUUUUUUAACAUUUGAUCGUUACUGUUGCAUAUAAAGAUUUCAAUAAACAGUUAAUUAUAA